AUCAACAUGGCCAUGUCAGCCACCACCAUCGCAAUGAGCGCAGAUAGUACCAGCACCUCGAUGGCCGAGGCUUCAUCCAACUGCCAGAUCUCGAUGCUCUGGAACUGGGACACCGUGGGUACUUGCUUCAUCACUUCCUCCUGGCACAACACCUCCCCCGGAAUGUUCGCCGGCUCCUGCAUCGGCACCUUCUGCCUAGUCCUCAUCCUGGAAUUCCUCCGUCGCGCCACUUACGAAUACGACGCCUUCAUCGUCAACCGCGCCAGACUCCGAGUCAGAUUCCUCGCCGUCGGCUACGGCUCCUCCACCACCGCAAUCGCAACACCAGCACCAGCACCAGCACCAAUGACCACCGAAGCACCCUCCCCCACAACCCCCUCCUCAUGCUGCUAUUCAAGAACCAACAACAUCGACUGCAAAGGCAUGACCCUGCCCCCGCCCCGAACUCCACCUACCCCCCCAUCUCAAUCCCAACCCCAAAACCUAACACCAAUGCCCUUCGCCCAUCGACCUACUUUCCCCGAGCAGAUCAUCCGCGCAAUACUACACACCGUGCAAUUCGCAGUAGCGUACCUGAUCAUGCUCCUGGCGAUGUACUUCAAUGGCUACAUUAUCUUUUGUAUCUUCAUUGGAACGUUCUCGGGCUUUUUGGUCUUUGGUUGGGGU